AUGGCUCAAGAAGAGACAACCGUCCAACCCAAGGAUGCGGAAACAACUGCCGUUCAGUCCCCUUCGGCCUCGAGGUACAGUAAGCACAUCAUUUUAACAACGUAUCCUGGCCAAAGUGGUAUCGAUCCUGUUCCUCUCGAAUGGGGCGCUCCAGACGCGAAGUCCCGCGGCCCUGUCGUCGUCUCCCGUAGCGGAGCCUUCCUCAAGCGUCGCAAUGCAAUGGGUGCCCAUGGUGGAAGCUAUAGUAUCUACAAUGCGCUGGCUAUUGCAGCGGGAGACCUGGAUCCCGAGUUCCGCCCCAAUUUCGUCAAUACGGAACCCACCUUCGAUUUCCCCUGGCAAAAGUCCUGGGCUGACAAGACAAAGAUCGUGUCCAUGGACCCCUACGGUCACGAUGUGGUCAAGUACUUUGGGGAUAAGAUUAGCGCUGGCUGGGAUAUUCGGCCUACGAUGGCUAUAACUCGUGCUAAUAUGAAGCUGGCGGAGAUCGCGGAGGCGGUUCGUGAUGGACACCUGGACGUCGAUGGUUCUAUCGUGGUAGAUUCCACUGGUGAGGUUCGUGUGACGAAGGUCGCCGUUGAGCCGGUAUGGUAUCUCCCCGGGGUUGCUGAACGGUUUGGAGUCGACGAGCCUACUCUCCGUCGGACACUCUUCGAGCACACAGGCGGUAGUUACCCAGAACUCAUAACGAGGCCGGACUUGAAGAUCUUCCUUCCUCCAAUUGGCGGGCUGACCGUCUAUAUUUUCGGGCCCCCGGAGCGGGUAGCUGAUGAGAAUGUCAAGCUUGCUUUACGGAUCCACGACGAGUGUAACGGUAGUGAUGUGUUCCAAUCGGACAUCUGCACGUGUCGGCCCUACCUGGCGUUCGGAAUUCGCGAGGCCAUCCGCGAGGCACAGAACGGUGGCAGCGGGGUGGUGAUUUAUUUCCGAAAGGAGGGUCGCGCUUUGGGAGAAGUGACCAAGUACUUGGUCUACAACGCCCGCAAACGUGGCGGCGAUACUGCCGACAAAUACUUCACCCGGACAGAGAACAUCGCAGGAGUACGAGAUAUGCGUUUCCAAGCUCUCAUGCCCGACAUUCUGCAUUGGCUGGGAAUCAAGAAGAUCGACCGAAUGCUAUCAAUGUCCAACAUGAAACACGAUGCCAUCGUUGAGUCAGGCAUCAAGAUCAUCGAGCGCAUACCCAUUCCCGAAGACAUGAUUCCCGACGACUCGCGAGUCGAAAUCGACGCAAAGAUCAACGCCGGGUAUUUCACGACCGGCAAGCAAUAUACCAUGGAAGAACUGGCCCAAGUGCGCGGACGAGGGUGGGAGAAGUGGGAAGAUAUCACGCAUUGA